GGCGGGCGGCCGAGCCUGGCGCGCUCCAUGGCGGCUGCCGCCCGCGAACCCCUCUCCGCCUCCGGCCUGGAUGAGGCGGACGAAGCGGUGCGGGGGACGUGUGAGGACGCGUCCGUCUGCAAACGGUUUGCUGUAAGUGUUGGCUACUGGAAGGACCCUUACAUCCAGUAUUUUGUGAGACAAGCCAAAGAGAGAAAAGCACCUGAAAUCAAUAGAGGCUAUUAUGCUCGUGUUCAUGGAGUCAGUUAUCUGAUUCAAGCUUUUCUAAAGAAGACAGACUGCAACUGUCAAAUUGUUAAUCUUGGUGCUGGGAUGGAUACCCUGUUCUGGAGAUUAAAGGAUGAAAAUCUUCUCCCUAGAAAAUAUUUUGAAGUGGAUUUUCCAAUGAUAGUUGCAAGAAAAAUACAUAAUAUCAAAUCAAAACCUCCCCUGUCAAAACCAAUUAUGGAAUCCCAUUCAGGGGAGUCUCUUCUAAUAGAUUCUCACAGCCUAGACUCCAGUCGAUAUUCCUUAGUAGGAGCAGAUCUCCGUUUCUCAUCAGAUCUGGAGGAAAAGCUAAAGAAACAUAACCUGGAUACACAUUUGCCAACUCUUUUGAUAGCGGAGUGCGUGCUGGUUUACAUGACACCGCAGCAAUCUGCAAAUCUUUUAAAGUGGGCAGCAAGCACUUUUCCUGUGGCGAUGUUUAUAAAUUAUGAGCAGGUGAAUAUGACGGACAGGUUUGGACAGAUCAUGAUUGAGAACUUGCAGAGACGACAGUGUAACCUGGCCGGAGUGGAAGUCUGCAGAUCCUUAGACUCUCAGAAGGAGCGAUUGCUGUUAAAUGGCUGGGAAACGGCACAUGCCAUUGAUAUGAUGAAAGUGUACAGCUUUUUGCCACAGGCUGAUGUCAAAAGGAUAGAAGGACUUGAAUUCCUAGAUGAAAAGGAACUGUUUGAACAACUAAUGCAGCACUACUGCAUCUGCUGGGCUUCAAAGGACAACAGCAAUCUGGGUAAUGUUCUCCAGCACAUUAAGAGGUCUCGCAAACAUCACAUUCUGAUGUAUUUCCUGGAGGGAAGCCGUGGGCUCAGAAGCCCCAGCGACGACCUUCUGCUUGGGACGAGAUCACAGAAAUGAUGGGACUUUGCAUGUGCCAACUUCAGUCUGUGCAUCUGUGUCAGCGGCGCCGGUACAGAAAGCGCCGGGUGCUACUGAUGUCGACUGUCCUUGUCGGGUUUUCGUAGUUUUAAUGAAUUUUUUGUGCCCACCGUGAGCAAUUGUCAUGAGGCAAGACUCGCCUCCCGUUCCCAGAUAUAUGAUGAUGGACUUUCCUAGGAUGUCAGUAAUUCCUGUUUAAAAGCUUGCCUUCCUUAGUUUAAAACGGAAAGUAAAGUGUUCCUGGAGUAUACGAUUUUCCUCUUCUGUCUUUUUGUGAAUGUGUAUAAUGUAUUUGUGAGGGGAAGCUGGAAAAUCAAUGAGGUGAGCGGCAUUAUUGGGUAUCUCUGCACUGCGCACGACUGAUCGUGAAGGUUAAAUUUGUUAAUUUUCGUUCUGUUCAGGUUAAAUUUUCUGAAGUUGUCACCAUGUUAGCUUUUUCCUGGCUUUUACUAUUGCUACGAGGCUGUCACUACACCAGGUAUGUUAUUGUAGGGGAAGGGCGAAGGAAGAAGGGGGGGAUGUGAUAGUCGUUCAGUGGUGUACAAGAAACUGGAUGUUGUUAAAGCAGACUUUAUUUAACUGGGAAGGGCUUAGCCUUGGCAGUUCAGCACUGGGAUGGUAGAGGUAAGAAAGAAAUUAAUCUUAAUUUGCACUGCUUCUGGUAGUAUCUUUACACCAGUUUCUCAUUCUUCUUUCUUUCCCCUUAAAAGAAACAAACAAAAUCCCAACAGCAACUAAAGACCUUGCCAUGUUGUUCGAAAAAUGAAUCUUGCGACCUUCCUAUGAGAAAAAUAAUAAAUGUUUAGUAUUUAUAA